AUGCAGAGCAUCAGGAAGGGUGAGUGCCCAAAAGAAUUGGAGCCAGCUGAUAAAAGGACUGCUGUCAAUGUUAAUCUUAUGAGGAAGGAGGAAAACUGCCCUAUACCAGAGAAGCGCCAAGUUUCAUUUCAGGGUGUUGGAAGAACUUUAGGUAGCACACCAGUGGAGACAACUGCUGCUGCCACUGCUGCCCUCACCACUGCUCCUUCCCCAUCCAUGGGUCUAGUUGUGGAUCAAACACUACCUUCUACCUCGAUUCAGCUUAGGUUGGCAGAUGGUACACGCCUGGUUUCACGUUUCAACUAUCACCAUACGAUCAGAGAUAUCCGUGCCUUCAUUGAUGCGUCCAGCCCCGGUGGAGUAAGGACUUAUCAACUGCAGACAAUGGGUUUCCCCCCGAAACUGCUCUCUGAUCUGGACCAGACCAUAGAGCAAGCUGGCCUAGCCAAUUCAGUUGUUAUCCAGAAACUCUAG